AACACAAAGUUUUCUUGUGGUCUUCUUCCGUCGACGAGAAAGAGUCCAGAUUAUGGAGCGAGUUUUAAAUUUCGUUAUAAUUUCAGCUUAACUUUAAAGUUAAACUUCUCGUCCCAAGGGGGGGCAGGACGCACUGAGCCCGCGGGGGUCCGGGACUCGAACCGACAACUCGGACAAGCGCAGGGUCCGAGCGGCGCUGCUCUGGGCUCUGAACGCAGAAGUUUCUUUCUGAGACAUUUCAAAGUUUCAAACUUCUAUUGACAGAAAAGUCUGUGAUCGCAUCCCGCUGGCCGUCCCAGCGCCACAACCCUAGCCCUCCAGCGCUGGGGUCGGAUGGUCUGGUCCUCAGGGGGGUCAGGAGACUGGAUCUAGAACCAGCAGUAUGGACUACGAGUUCAUGGAGGCAAUCACUUCCAACAUGACCGUGAGGAGCGAGAGGAGCUUGGGGCUGCUCACCAUCAAGUUUGUGACCCUACUGCAGGAGGCGAAGGACGGGGUUGUGAACCUCAAAGAGGCUGCGGACCACUUGGCUGUCAAACAGAAGAGACGCAUCUAUGACAUAACCAACGUUCUGGAGGGAAUCGGUCUGAUUGAGAAGACCUCGAAGAACAGUGUGCAAUGGACGGGCCUCGGUCUGUCGGGGACUCACCAUGACGACAGCAGGCUGAUGGUGCUGAAGUCGGAGCUGGAGGAGCUGGAGCUCAGGGAGGCGGUGUUGGACCAGCAGCAGGUCUGGGUGCAGCAGAGCAUCCAGAACACCACAGAGGACUCGGAAAACUUCUCGCUGGCCUAUGUGAACCAUGAAGACAUCUGCGACUGUUUCAAUGGGAACACCCUCCUGGUGGUCCGGGCCCCCCACGGCACCCUGCUAGACGUCCCCAUCCCCAAGGCGGUGGAGGACUGCGAGGAGCGCUACCAGAUCCAUCUGAAGAGCGUCAACGGGCCCAUCGACGUGCUGCUCAUCAACAAGGACCCCGCCGCCCCGGCCCCCAUCACGCUGCCCGUCCCCCCGCCCCGGGACCUCUUCUCCGUCAGCAGGCGGGCCCCUGCCUCCUCUGAGGCCCGACUCAAGCCCAGGCCGGGACGACCCACCUCGCAGGGCCCGAGGCCGCCGGGGGACGGCCCCCCUGCGGAGGCUGCGUCCAGUCGAGUGGAGUACCAAGCCUCAGGUGCAGAUCUGAUCGCGGACCUCAUGACCUCUGAAGUGUUCGCCCCCCUGCUGAAGCUGUCUCCUCCUCCCAGCGACCGCGACUACAGCUACAACCUGGACGAGAGCGAAGGCAUCUCCGAUCUCUUCGAUGUCCGCGUCCUCAAAACCUGACUUUGGAGUCCAUGUUAAUGUCCUCGUGGCCGUGGUAACAUGUAACAUUGGUUUUGUUCACAUGAACUUACUAACAUGACACUUGUGUCCCACACUACACCAUGUCAUCCAUAACAUUGUAUUUGCUUCUAGGUUAUGCUAAUCCAAAUUUAUGAUUUACACCACAUCAUCAUCGUCAGCAUCACCUAUAUCCUAAUUCAUAUUAUUUUUCAAAUAUGUAUGAUGCUUGAAAUGUUGUUGUUUUAACCUAAUGCCGAUCCUUUUGUCCUCUCUGGUAAAUCACUACUGCCUUAAGACAAUCUCUUCCGAUACGAUGGACAGAUGGAAAUACAUUAUGAGUCCCACGAACGAUGCGGGAAACGACCAUGUUUUUGCAGGUCAAACUAAACCAAGAUAAUGGUAUUUGCUCUGCGUCUCUUACUGGAUUCCCUCCUCUGUCUGCUCUGUGUCUCUUUCCUUGGGCUGAACAGCUCGGUUAGGUGGUAGGAUGCAACCAUGAGGAAAAUGUUUAAAUUAAUCCUCGGAUCAGGAAACCCAAACCACUCGCUGACGACAGCUUCAGCCUGGUGGGAGCUGGGAUGAACAAAUAAAUGUACUGUUUUACAAAUAAAGCCAUCCUUUUUUUAUGUUCAUAAAUUCA